UUAAUGCCAGGCACUGGGGGUGUCCUGGGGUUCUCUCCUGAAUGUGUCACUCAACCCCCACAGUGGUCGGGAGGGGGGGUGAUCUCACUUUGCUGGCAGGAGGGAAGCCUGAGCUGCUGAGGGCAGGGCCGGCAGAGGCAGGUUCUGGGGUAAGGGCUGAGUCCCAACAGUUGCCUUCCGGGUCUUUUCUUCUGUUGCAGUGGGAGGGCCAGAAGUGGGGUGGCUCCCUGGCGUCUGGGCCGGUGCUGUGUGUUCCUCCUCGGACUGCUUCCCUCCCUACGGGGAAACAGGACAUACUUAGGGACACAGGGUCCCAGUGUGACCGCACCAGAGGAGCAGGAAAGUGCGAGCAUGGGCUCUGGGUUGCGUGUCUUUAAGUCGAAAGGGCUGUUGCUAAACAACCAGGAUCAGUCCUGGGCCCUCUGCUUUUCGCCCUCCAGAGCUAAGCUAAGCUCUGUCGCACUGCUGCCUUACUGGUGGCUGUCUCACCAGGCACGGUGGCACUUUCUGAAGCCUGCGAGCGUGCUGCCGAGGGGCAGAGCCUGCAGUGGCUGGCCUGGGCCAGGGGAAGCUGCCGAAGAUUUACUUUCUGGCAGAAACAGCACGCGGCUGCCCUAAAGUACACAGAGCUGGAGCGGGGUCGUGCUCCAGAGCAGGGUUCGGUCUCAGUGGGUGGGCAAGGGGAAGAGUCCACCAGGGCCUGGUGCCCGGGUUACCCUUGCAGAGCCCCUUCCGAGAGGAGGUCGGCAGGAGGGCACGGACGGCCUCUCCCUGGCUCUCUGGGUGGUGGUAUUGCCCAUUCCCCCUCAAGAACCUGGCUCUCGGUCACCUGGGAGAGCCAGGAGGUCCCCUUGGCCGUCUGCGGGGUUCAGGGGCUGUGGGGGGCCCCUGACUUUCCGCUUCUGCUGAGUAAUGACUCUCGUGCGCUUAAGAGCAGGGAAGGGCUGGAGGGGGAACCACACAGUCAGCCGUCCGCUUCGUCUGCAGGGUCCCGUGUGUGAGCACCCGUUGACACCUGAGAGCCACACGCUGCCAGGUGAGCGUGUCUAGGCCGCCCCGGGAUGGCUGCUGGGGUGAACGGUCUCACACUCGGCGCCAGGCGUGCAUGCACAUCCGUGUCGACCGGUCAGGGUUUUGCUGCCCGGGCAGCAGUGGAGCCGUGCCUGGCCGGGCCCGGCUGGGCCUGCUAAACGCACUGUGGUCUCUGAGGCUCAGAGGUUGGGGCUUUGUGCUGGGGCUCUGGAGGGGCCCUACGCAGGACCUUCCGGAACCCGUUGGCACCUUCUGUCUGCGGACCAGGGAAAGUAUGCCCUCGGAGCAGGAGGAGAGGAAGUAGAAAGUCCCAGAGCAGCUAGCGCUGAAGCCUGGAGCUCUCUUCCCCUAGUGACCAGCUGUGCCUGUCGGGGCAGGUCCCCUAGAGCCUGCAGCCGGGAGACCUGGAGUCCUGUUGUUUCCGCAGCGAGGGACAUCUCUCGGAGCUUAUGGUUUUAUAGACCUUGAGCUUGCAGAACAUUGCAAAAUGGUCACCAAGGUCCCUAGAUGCUCUUUCCCAGCCAGACUCCUCAGGCUUACAUUUUGCCCCAUUUGUGCGUCCCCUCCAUACUCUGCGUCCGUCUUUUGUGAAGUAUCGGGGAGUGAGCAGAGCCCUGUGUCCCUUUGUGAACAAGAAUGUUCUCUGAAAUCAGCAGAGCACAAUAAAACGAGAGCACAGCGUUGAUGCCUUUUUACCAUCCAGUCCACAGGGCAGUCUAGGUUGUCAGUUGUGUGGGUGAUGGUAUUUCUGGUCUUUUCUCCUUAAUGUCUGAUUUUGAAAUUUAAAUAAGGGCUGCAACCAAGACUGGUCAGACGAGUUCCUUCCUUCCUUCCUAGGCCUGCCGCUGGCGAAGGAUUGGGUUGCUUGGAAGGAUACCUGCUUAUGACCUUGCCGUUUUGGCUGGAGGCGUGCUAGAUAGAGGCUGGUGUGUGGCUCAGAAAGUUAGGUUUUGUUUUGUUUUGUUGAAGAAUGCUCGAGGUCUCUUUUUCCUGCAUGAAUUUGCGUUUUCACAGCAAACCCUUGUUCGCUACUGUGUGGAAGGGGUGGGCCGGCACGCGGCUCCGAGGCGGCUCCUCCUCCGGGGUGCCAGCCGGCCUGGGGGCCUGCAGCCACUCAUCGGCUGGGCGCCGGGCCCUGCGAGGGCGGGCCGUCCUGAGUCCCGGCUUGCUCUGGGCAGCGCCCUGGGCCUCUGGGGAGGCCUCCCUCCCCUGGGAGCGUUUGGAGGUGGGAAGGAGCCUGGCCUGGCUCUGAAGGGUACUAGGAGACACGGACUUAAGUUAAUGAGGCCUAAAUGGAGGCCUCCCCCUGCUGCUUGAUCAGCACGUUCCCUGAAACUUGCCCCUUACGGAGCUGCCUCGGCCAGAUGUGCCUGCCCGGUGCCCCCCUCCCUGGACCGUGGCGGCCGGCUUGCGGGCAUUUUGAGGCUGGCACUGGGUACCUGUCUCGUGGUGGGAAUGGUUUCUCACGCACCGUGCGUGAGUUGCCUGUUCUCAGAGAACAGGCCACGGUAGGAAUGAGCCCAGGGCGGGCACGCGGGGGUUUGUCCUGGGGUGGAGGAUGUGGCACCCUGUCUGGCAGCCCUUCUUGGUUGCUCCGGAGUGCAUUUGUCUUCAAGUUGCGCUCAGCUGCAGACGCUGGGACCGCGGAGCCCCGUGUCCCAGAUGCGGACUGAGCUUUGGCCGCCCGCUGGCAUCUGAAGACCGAUCAGGUGGCAUCCAGGUCCCACUCUGAGGGUGACAGCGGUCAUGCCCCCUCUUCCUGGGGGACGCCAGCAGCACAGAGCCGCCACCGCUGCAGUUGAAGCCCCUCCUCUGCCGAACCCGCUCUCUGGGUUCGUGGGGGGCCCGAGCGGUGCCUGAAGGGGCCUGUGGGUCUUGGAGAUACGUGUGAGCUCUGCCCCAGUAAGGGCUGGAGUAGCUGUAGCACGCUGGCCUGUCCUAGGACGUGCCCCAGUGCCUCAGUUUCCAGGCCUGGCCAGCCCGGGGGCAUUGGGAAUGGUGGACACCACCCUGUGGCCUGUUGGCGUUCUAGACCCCGCUAGAGGUGGGGUGUGCAGAAGAGGCAGGUAGGUGAUAGUGCGAUUCCUCUUGAAGGUUCCAGCCUGGGCUGCCUUGGGGCGGGAAGUAUGGGCCAGGGUUUCAGUACUGAGUGAUCUGUGGGUCCCUGCUCACGACCAUGUGGACAAUACCUGAGGCUGUAACCUAGAGCCCCCACCCCUGCUGCCGCUCUGGUUUGUUGAGUGUGCUUUCAGACCCGACUUCUAACUCCAUAGUAUCUGCAAGAGCAGUGGGGAAGUGUGCCCCGUAACCGCACCCCGGAUCCUCUGCAGUUUGGGGGCUCCUGUUGGUGCAUUUUGCAAGGUCUCGUUUUCUCACCGGUUUGGUCAGUGACGGUGUGUGGCUCUGGAUGUGUCGUCUUUGCUUAUGCGUCGUGACCCUCGCUCCCCGUCGUCUUGGAAGCUCUUCGUGGGCGGUCUUGACUGGAGCACCACCCAAGAGACUCUACGCAGCUACUUUUCCCAAUAUGGAGAAGUUGUAGACUGUGUGAUCAUGAAAGAUAAAACCACCAACCAGUCUCGAGGCUUUGGGUUUGUCAAAUUUAAAGACCCAAACUGUGUGGGGACGGUGCUGGCCAGCAGACCACACACACUGGACGGCCGAAACAUCGACCCAAAGCCAUGCACACCUCGGGGGAUGCAGCCGGAGAGGACACGGCCGAAGGAAGGAUGGCAGAAAGGACCCAGGAGCGAUAACAGUAAAUCAAAUAAGAUAUUUGUCGGUGGGAUCCCUCACAAUUGCGGUGAGACAGAGCUCAGGGAAUACUUCAAGAAAUUCGGAGUGGUCACAGAAGUGGUCAUGAUCUACGACGCAGAGAAACAGAGGCCUCGAGGUUUUGGAUUUAUUACUUUCGAGGACGAACAAUCAGUGGACCAGGCUGUCAACAUGCAUUUUCACGACAUCAUGGGCAAAAAAGUGGAAGUUAAACGGGCCGAGCCACGCGACAGCAAAAGCCAAGCGCCGGGACAGCCAGGUGCCAGCCAGUGGGGCAGCCGGGUCGUGCCCAGUGCUGCUAAUGGCUGGGCAGGCCAGCCCCCACCCACGUGGCAGCAAGGAUACGGCCCACAAGGAAUGUGGGUACCAGCCGGACAGGCAAUCGGUGGCUAUGGACCGCCCCCUGCGGGAAGAGGAGCCCCCCCACCGCCGCCACCGUUCACCUCUUACAUUGUGUCCACCCCUCCUGGAGGCUUCCCCCCUCCUCAGGGCUUCCCACAGGGCUACGGUGCCCCUCCACAGUUCAGCUUUGGCUACGGGCCCCCGCCUCCACCGCCGGAUCAGUUUGCCCCGCCUGGGGUCCCUCCUCCACCUGCUACUCCAGGGGCAGCACCUCUGGCCUUCCCACCGCCUCCGUCUCAGGCCGCCCCCGACAUGAGCAAGCCCCCGACGGCCCAGCCAGACUUCCCCUACAGCCAGUACGGUUACGGACAGGACUUGGCCGGCUUCGGACAGGGCUUCUCAGAUCCCAGCCAGCAGCCCCCCUCGUAUGGGGGCCCCUCAGUGCCGGGCUCGGGGGGCCCCCCCGCCGGCGGAAGUGGCUUUGGACGAGGUCAGAACCACAACGUGCAAGGAUUCCACCCGUACCGACGCUAGCUGGCCGGCGCCGUGUGGAUGUCAGGGCGGCCGAGACCCAGGAUUUAAAACUUGUGAACUCGUGACAAUCACAAACUUGGCAGAAAAAUAGCGGCUCACCGUUGGGGGGAGGGGGGCGAGAGGCUUUUGGAGGCGGCUGUGGGUGUCUGGACUGAAGUUUUUAAACAUAUUUCUUUCUCUAACCCAUCAGCACAAUAAAAAAAAGUCACUGGUUCAACAACAGGGUUUAAAAAAAAUGUCUUCAGCUUUAAUUCAAAACUUCAGGUUUCUUUUUCUUCCUUUUUUUUGAAAUUAUUUUCCUGAGCCUUUUGUUUUACCGUAUAUUGUAAACUUUUAUGUUAAAGAAAAAAUAUACAUUUACAAAUUGUGAGAUUUUUAAGAGAAAUUUUCUACGAUGUAUACUGGCUUAUUUUUUAAUUUAAAGCAGGGUUUCCGUCGGCACUGGUGGCAGUGAGGGGCGUUUCAGUGCCUCACUCCUGGCUUUGAGGGUCGGGGCUUGUUGGUCCAGAAACUCUGGGAGCUUACAGAAAAAGUCUACUGAGCGUGUUUUGUUUUUUGUUUAUUCCUUGCUUUUGUCGACUGACCUGCCUGGCAGCGCCCGCAGGUGCGCCGUGGGGGCCGCCGCGCCCGCCCAGCCUCUGCCGGCGCCGCCCCGCGUCCGCCCCGGCAGCAAGGACAAGGAGGCCUUGUCAGCCGCUCUCCCGCGCACGUGGUUUCAGGGCAGGGCGUCCCCACCGACCAGUUUGACCCUGGUUUGAAUAAAGAGAAGUGCGUUUGGAUUAGAAA